GAGGAACGCUGUAACCGGAUCCUGCGGGACAUGGAGGGUUCCUUGACAGCCCGGGAUCGUGUAGGCAUCCAGGAUUUUGUUCUGCUAGAUGCCUACACUAGUGAGAGUGCCUUCCUGGACAACCUGAGGAAGCGCUUCCAUGAGAAUCUCAUUUAUACCUACAUUGGAACUCUCCUGGUUUCAGUCAACCCAUAUAAAGAACUAGACAUCUACAGCAAGAAACAAAUGGAUAUAUACAUGGGUGUAAACUUUUUUGAGCUUCCACCUCACAUCUAUGCUCUAGCAGACAAUGUCUUCCGCACCAUGCUGGCCGAGUUCAACAACCACUUCAUACUAAUCUCAGGGGAGAGUGGGGCUGGGAAGACAGAGACCUCCAAGAAAAUACUGCACUUUUAUGCUGUGAGCUGCCCCAGUACCAAACUUCUAAACAAUGUCCGAGACAGAUUGCUUCACUCAAACCCAGUGCUUGAGGCUUUUGGAAACGCCAAAACCCAAAAGAAUGACAACUCGAGCCGCUUUGGGAAGUACAUGGACAUUCAGUUUGACCACCAGGGUGGAGCUGUCGGUGGUCAUAUCCUCAGUUAUUUACUGGAAAAGUCCCGUGUGGUUCACCUGAACCACGGAGAGAGAAACUUCCAUAUUUUUUACCAGCUAGUGGAGGGAGCAGACGAGGAGCUGCUCCGCUGGCUUGGCUUGGAGAGGAACUGCCAGCACUACAAUUACCUGGUGCAGGGGAAUUGUGCCAAAGUGAGUUCUAUCAGUGAUAAGAGUGACUGGAAAACAGUGCGGAGAGCCCUCUCUGUUAUAGAGCUCAGUGAGGAUGACAUAGAGCACCUGUUUGGAAUAAUUGCAAGUGUGCUGCACUUGGGAAAUCUGAAGUUUGACAUGGAUGCAUGGGGAUAUGCGCUUCUCAACAACAACAGGGAGAUAAACUGGCUGUCAAAGUUGCUGGGCAUUCCUUCCCAGGUGCUACAACAGGGCUUUACCCACAGGAAGAUUGAAACCAAUGCAGAGGCGCUGCUGAGCCCCUUCACUGUGGACCAUGCAGUGUACGCCAGGGACGCCCUCGCCAAAGCAAUAUACGGCCGGACGUUCAACUGGCUGGUCAACAAAAUAAAUGAAUCUUUGGCAAACAAAGAUUCCUCCAGGAAGACAGUUAUUGGUCUCUUGGACAUUUACGGAUUUGAAGUGUUUCAAGUGAACAGCUUUGAGCAGUUUUGCAUCAAUUACUGCAACGAGAAGCUCCAGCAGCUCUUCAUCCAGCUGACCCUGAAAUCGGAGCAGGAGGAGUAUGAGAUGGAGGGAAUUGAGUGGGAACCAGUGCCAUUUUUCAACAACAAGAUAAUCUGUGACCUGGUGGAGGAGAAACACAGGGGCAUCAUCUCCGUAUUGGAUGAGGAAUGCUUACGUCCUGGAGAGGCCACAGAUCUAACUUUCUUAGAGAAGCUGGAAGAGACGAUGGGUGGACACCCUCAUUUUGUUACACAUAAAUUGGCUGACCAAAAAACCAGGAAAACUUUGCAGAGAGGAGACUUCCGCCUCUUACACUAUGCUGGCGAGGUUACUUACUGUGUGAUUGGAUUCUUGGACAAAAACAAUGACCUGUUGUAUAGGAAUAUUAAAGAAGUCAUGAGUCAGUCCAAGAAUGCCAUUAUCAAACACUGUUUCCCCUCCACUGAGCCAGACAGCAAAAAAAGACCUGAAACAGUUGCCACCCAGUUUAAAAACAGUUUGGUGGGCUUGGCUGAGAUCCUCAUGUCUAAAGAGCCCUGGUAUGUCCGCUGCAUUAAGCCCAAUGAAAGUAAACAGCCAGGGUGCUUUGAUGACGUGUUGGUAAGACAUCAGGUGAAGUACCUGGGGCUGAUGGAGCACCUGAGAGUCAGGCGAGCAGGCUUUGCUUACCGUCGCAGAUAUGAAAUCUUCCUUCAGAGGUAUAAACCCCUGUGUCCAGACACCUGGCCCAAUUGGAAAGGCACUGCAGCAGAGGGUGUGCAACGUUUGAUAAAACAUCUGGGCUAUAAGCCUGAUGAAUACAGGAUGGGGAGGACAAAGAUUUUUAUACGCCACCCCAGAACUCUGUUUGCCACAGAGGACGCAUUCGAGGUCUGCAAACAUGACCUAGCAACACAGAUCCAGGCCAAGUACAAGGGCUACAGGGUGAAAGGAGACUACAUGAGACAAAGAGAAGCUGCCACCAAGAUUGAGAACUGCUGGAGAGGACUGAUGGCUAGGAAGGAGCGAGAAAGAAGGGCAUGGGCUGUCAAGGUCAUAAAGAGGUUCAUAAAAGGCUUUAUGACCAGACAUGAACCAUCAUGUUCAGACAACAGUGAGUACCUGGCAUUUGUUAGGCAAAGCUACCUCACUCGGCUUAAGGAAAAUCUGCCCAAAACUGUCCUGGACAAAAAUAUCUGGCUAACUCCUCCCCCUAUUAUGCAAGAGGCCUCACUGCAGUUGCAGAAGCUCUACGUUCGCCUCAUGGUACGGAAGUAUGUUCGAGGUAUCACCCCCCUGAAAAAGGCACAGCUUCAGUUAAAAGCGCUGACCAGCUCAAUGUUCAAAGGAAAGAAAGAAAACUAUCCCUUCAGUGUGUGCAGACCAUUUCUGGACACCAGAAUAGAUGAGGGCGACAUAAACAUCAAAGUGCUUCAGUUAAUCCAGCAUGAGCACAUCAAGUACAGUGUUCCUGUGGUGAAGUAUGACAGAAACGGUUUCAGGCCUCAUCUCAGGCAGCUCAUCUUCACUCAGAGAGCAGUGUACUUAGUAGAGGAGGCCAAGGUCAAGCAGCGAAUAGAUUAUAGCUCUCUGAAAGGUGUGUCGGUCAGCAACCUGAGUGACAACUUCCUGAUUCUCCAUGUCACAUGUGAUGAUAUCAAGCAAAAGGGGGAUCUGGUUCUGCAGUGUGACUACCUGUUCGAGGCCUUGACUAAACUGAGUAUAGAGGCCAACAAGCAAAACUGCAUCAAAAUUGUCCAGGGCAGUGUGCGGUUCGAUAUCCAGCCUGGCAGAGAGGGGUUUGUUGACUUCAAGAGCGGUCAGGAGUCCACGGUGUACAGGACAAAGAAUGGCCAUUUGAUGGUGGAAUCUACAAGAGCCAAAUCAAGAUAA